CCCGCCUGAGCCGACCCAGUGCGAGUCUGCCAGUCAGUCCCUCCGGACCUGCCGCGAGUCUCAGACUGCCGAAAUUACCGCGCGUCACUCGAGAGCCACCUCCCUGUACUCAGAAAGAUGGGGAGUGGAGAGCCUAAUUCUGCUGGCAAGAAAAAGAAGUACCUAAAGGCUGCCCUGUACGUGGGUGACUUGGACCCAGAUGUCACGGAGGAUAUGCUAUAUAAAAAGUUCAGGCCUGCUGGCCCUCUGCGCUUCACCCGAAUAUGCCGUGACCCCGUGACCCGCAGCCCCCUGGGCUAUGGCUAUGUUAACUUCCGCUUUCCUGCAGAUGCUGAGUGGGCCCUGAAUACCAUGAAUUUUGAUUUGAUUAAUGGCAAACCUUUCCGCCUCAUGUGGUCUCAGCCAGAUGACCGCUUAAGAAAGUCUGGAGUUGGAAAUAUAUUCAUCAAAAACCUGGAUAAAUCCAUAGACAAUAGGGCCCUUUUUUAUUUAUUUUCUGCCUUUGGGAACAUUCUCUCUUGCAAAGUCGUAUGUGAUGACAAUGGUUCUAAGGGUUAUGCCUAUGUGCACUUUGACAGCCUGGCCGCUGCCAAUAGAGCCAUCUGGCACAUGAAUGGAGUGCGGCUUAACAACCGCCAGGUGUAUGUUGGCAGAUUCAAAUUCCCAGAAGAGCGGGCAGCUGAAGUCAGAACCAGGGAUAGAGCGACUUUCACCAAUGUUUUUGUUAAAAACUUUGGAGAUGACAUGGAUGACGAACAACUGAAGGAAAUCUUUAGUGGCUAUGGGCCAACUGAGAGUGUUAAGGUAAUAAGAGAUGCCAGUGGGAAAUCUAAGGGCUUUGGAUUUGUGAGGUAUGAGACACACGAGGCUGCCCAAAAGGCUGUAUUAGACCUGCAUGGAAAGUCCAUCAAUGGGAAAGUUCUAUAUGUAGGGCGGGCACAGAAGAAAAUUGAACGAUUGGCUGAGUUAAGACGAAGAUUUGAACGACUGAGAUUAAAAGAAAAAAGUCGGCCUCCCGGGGUGCCUAUCUAUAUUAAGAACCUGGAUGAGACCAUCGAUGAUGAAAAACUGAAGGAGGAAUUUUCUUCCUUUGGAUCAAUUAGCCGGGCCAAAGUGAUGGUGGAAGUAGGGCAAGGCAAAGGGUUUGGUGUUGUCUGCUUCUCCUCUUUUGAAGAUGCUACCAAAGCAGUGGAUGAGAUGAAUGGUCGCAAAGUGGGCUCCAAGCCCCUGCAUGUUACCCUGGGCCAGGCCAGGCGCAGGUGGUGAGAAUAAGAAUGCUCAAUUUGUUUCAGCCUUAAGCUGAUGCCUACUUAGUUUGGGCUACUUUGUGAUAAGAGGUUAUUUUAUUCCAGGUUUUUUUUUUUUU